GCACAGCUAUUAAAAACAGCAGAAUCUUCGGCGGACAAGAUGCAACAGCAGGAAGUUGGCCUUGGCAUGCCAUUGUAGUAAAUUAUGGACCUUAUGGAUAUAUUCAGUGUGGAGGUUCCCUAAUCACCAACCAGUGGGUCCUGACAGCUGCUCGGUGCUUACCAUCUUCAAGUUACAACACUGUGGUUCAUCUGGGACGCUACAACCAGUCAGGUUCAAAUCCAAAUGAGCUGACUCAGAAAGUGGAAGACAUAGUCUGCCAUUCUCAACGUCCCGAUUACUACUACUACUACUACUGGCCAUACAAUAAUGACAUUUGUCUUCUGAAGCUGGCGUCUCCUGUGAAUUUCACAGACUACAUUCAGCCGAUAUGCUUAGCCUCAGGAAACAGCACUUUCUACAAUGGGACCAGCAGCUGGGUCACUGGUUUUGGUUAUGAUAAUUAUUAUCAAUUUCCCAACAUCCUGCAAGAAGUUAAUGUACCAAUAUUGGGAAACAAUGAGUGCAGAUGCAACUUGGGUGACUACAGCUACUGGCCUCCCCACAUUACAGAGAACUUUACCUGCACUGGUCCCAGAUUUGGAUGGAAGGGUCUAUGUUAUGGAGAUCGAGGAGAACCACUCAUGAUGAAGGCAGGAUCAGUCUGGGUCCAGAUUGGAAUUACUAGUUAUAGUGCUUGUUGGGGACCUUCAAUCUACACUCGUGUGUCCCAAUACCAGAAAUGGAUCAGUGACACUGUCACAGGGACACCACCUGGUUUUGUUACCUUCACCUCUUCAGGCUCAGACAGCGACUCAAACUUCACCUGCCCAACAUCACCACCUAUAACCAUCCCCGCACCUUUUAACACCACUGCCCCCACCCCGUUUAACACUACUAACCCCACCCGCUUUAACACCACUGUCCCUACCCCUUUUAACACCACUGCCCCCACCCCGUUUAACACUACUAACCCCACACGCUUUAACACCACUGCCCCCACCCCGUUUAACACUACUAACCCCACCCGCUUUAACACCACUGCCCCCACCCCGUUUAACACUACUAACCCAACCCGCUUUAACACCACUGUCCCUACCCCUUUUAACACCACUGCCCCCACCCCGUUUAACACUACUAACCCAACCCGCUUUAACACCACUGUCCCUACCCCUUUUAACACCACUGCCCCUACCCCGUUUAACACUACUAACCCCACCCGCUUUAACACCACUGCCCCCACCCCUUUUAACACAACUGUCCUUACCUCUUUUAACACCAAUGCCUCCACCCCGUUUAACAACACUGCCCCCACCCCAUUUAACAAUACUAAACCCACCCUUCUCAAUACUACUGUUUUUGUCAUUCCAACCACACGUAACAAUGGUGAAAAUCUGACCCACUUCACUCACUUUACCUCUCUCUGUGGUCUUGUUGUGUUGCUCCAUCUGUUUUUUGCAAGUGGAAAGUAAUUCAGCACAUUUACUCACGUUUUGUACUUAAAUACAAACUUGAAAUACUUUUACUUUACCUGAAUACUCAGGUUUCAUAACAUUUUAGAACUCUGAGGUAAAUGUUAAAUGUUUUAUUCCAAUAUAUUUCUGGUAACUUUAAAAGUGCAAU